GUUGAUCCGUCUCAUAGAAUACGACUCCGGACGAGGGACAUCCCCUAUCGCAGCGUCGCGUAGGGAGCGUGGCCCCCUCUUACCGGGCGCUCGUUCUUCGCCUGCAAAGGUGGAAGGGUCGGUCUCUCCAUCAAGAGCAUCGUCAGCAUCACCUGAUCUAAAAGUGCGUCGGAGUACGAAUAGCAGUAAGAGCGUGUUUCCAUCAACAUCUUCCAGCAUCAAUAAAGUGCUCACCAACUCUGCCCGAUUACAACAGGAGCAAGAGCUAAAGAGGAUAGUCUCCGCGUUGGACACGAACGGUUCCGGUUCUAUCGAUUGGAGCGAGUGGCGAGCCCUCGAACGGCUCGCAGUGUGGAUGCGAGCUACGCCUACGACAGCGUCACAGGAAGAAGAUAAUUUAUUUUUUAGCUUCAAGAAAAGCGCUCAGAAUCCACAGAAAAGGAACUCUGUGGUUGAAGUAGCGUCGUUUCUUCGACUUCACGAACCCGCAUUUCUUAAGAAAACCAUGUCUGUGGCUGUGCUCAACUCUGUACAUGCUGCUUCUCCAGUGCGCUUCUGCUGAUGGACACAAGCACUAUCCUAUCCUACAGUGUAGAAGAACAGAAAGAUUCCAUUUUUUCCUACAGCUACACCCAAAUAAUACUAAGUAGACCCAUAUCGGUACUACCUCCCUUUCUAAUGCUGACAGCCUGGCCGCAAUAUUCCGAUCCUCGGAAGCCCUAGAGGGGACGGUACUGCUUCAAGACGUCGACGAGAUUGAGAGUGUCUGCAAGUUGAUGGACCAUGUGCAGAUAAUACCUACGGAAACAGAUGACUCCCGCGCAGGAGAGUACGAAGACGAUAACAUUACUAGUUGUCCCGCAAUAAAACUCAUUCGUGGUAGCUUAUCGCCUGGCGGCGGUGGAGCGUUUUUCCUUCCUGACGGCAGAGAAGAAGAUCACUCAGGAGCCGAAGUAGAGAAUUCAGUAACGCUAUAUGAAGACUCUGGUAGUGGGUCCUUAAUGAUAAAAACGACGACAUCAAACAAUUCGCCCGGAGUUCUUGGUGCUGUUGCUGCACCAGCAGCAGGUGUGAUGCGGAUAGUGGAUGAGGAGGUAGAUCCUCUUGCAUCCGUCAACGGAGAACACGUUCCUUCGCCGAGCAGAAGAUGCACUUCGCUAGUGCUAUCGCCACAAAAACGUGAAAAAUAUCCAUCUAGUUCUCGCACCAAAAACACAGCACCAGCUUUUCGUUUGCAGCUGCCGACACGAAUGAAUGGCCUCUUUGCCGAUUCUGGCUUGCCGUUUUCGUGGCAGCAUUUUCAGAAGUCUCUUCUCGAAAUCCAUGCCCAUGCGCAACCUCAAAUGAGGAAGUCCAGGUAACGACGAAUGUUGACGUUUUCGAUCACGGGAUUGGGCUACUAUUUAAUUUUGCCUAGGCAUAUGAGUACUUAAUAUAGGAAAUAUAAUGGAAGAUUCCUAAGCGCACAGGAGUUUUUGCCUGAAUGAUUACUUGAAAAUGUCAAAAAACGCGAUUACUCGUUUCAAAAUUUUUCAGAACUACAGAAUGCAGACUGAGUACAGCGUUUCCUGAUUUGAUUGUACAUGUGGAAGGGUAUCGCUCUUUUGGAUACUAUUGUUUUCACUUGUUCAUAAUCAUAAUUUGUACUUGUUGUAAGACUAAAUAAAUGAACAUGAGAUUGGAGAAGGCAUGUUACUGAGAAGCAGGAAAAAAGAAGAACUGAUUAUAAAUAUGUUGUGUUCAUCUUGCUGUAAACGUAAGAAAGAUUCAGUUUCAGUACAAUAGACCGAGAGAGCAAAUUGAAAUUGCAGUAAUGUGAGAGAAUAAAAGCGAGUGGUACAAACAACAGCAUUUGAUAUGUGUGACAAGUAGCAGAUAUUGAC